GUCAACCCGAAACCCGAUAGCUAGGCAACUAGGUGAUGUGUUCAUCGAACGAGAUCAAAUUUUUAUAAUUUAUAAAAUGCGGACAUAUUCAUUUCUAGAUCUCUCUCAGGUCUGCUAGAAUUGCCUCGGUAAUUAAUUUAUUAACCAUGGACGCGAUUAAAUCUCUAUAUAACCAUUUCACCAUGCCGGCGCAACAAACGGUAUCCCGCCAACAAGUGCGGGACUCCAACGCCCGACUCGACGCCGAGACGUACCCCCGCGUCGCGGUGUUUGUAGGCGGGACAUCCGGGAUCGGCGAGGCGACGCUGGAGGAAUUGGUGCUGGCUGGGAAGGGGAAGUACGCGGUGAGGAUUUAUGUUGUUGGCCGCGCGGCUUCGGCGACUAGGGUUAAUGCGAAUUUGGAUCGAUUGCGGGAGAUGAAUCCCCUGGCGGAGCUUAUUUGGACGGAGGGCGAGAUCUCGUUGUUGAGCGAGGUUAGGAGGAUUUGUGAUGUGGUGAGGGAGAGGGAGAGGAGUUUGGAUUUGUUGCUGGUUACGCCGGGGUAUGCGCCUUUUGGUGGAAGAGAGGAAACGACGGAGGGUCUAGCAGUGCCCCUGGUCCUAGGAUAUUACGCCCGGAUCAUGUUCACGCAGCUUUUACUCCCGCUUCUUAAGGAGUCAACGAUUCAGGGCAGAGUACUUGCGAUUUUGGGCCAUGGCACGAUGGACUUUUUCUUCGAUAUCAACGACCUUAACCUCGAGAAACCGGGAAACUUCGGCGGUGGCAAAUGCCAGUGCCACUCGUCUAUCAUGUUGACUAUGGGCAUGGAGCAGCUCGCUGAGGAGCAUAAGGAUGUUACGUUUAUUCACUCGUACCCAGGGCUCGUGAAUACGGGGAAUUUGAACCGUGGAUGGAGAGGUCAUUGGUUCUUGCAGGCUCUUGCGAAUAUUGUUUUAGCCCCGGCGUUUUUCUUCAUAGCUAUGAGUAUUGAGGAGUCCCGCGAGAGGACUUUGUAUAUGUUGACAAGUGCGAAGUAUGGGGGACAUGGUGUUCCGUUGGGUGGUGGUGUGGUGCCUGGGUUGACGGAACGUGGUGAGGAGACGGGAGGCAUAUUUCUUGUGAAUCAUAAGAAUGCGACGAAGUCGGAUGAGAAAUGGAUGAAAAGGAUGAGGGAGAAGGCUAAGGAGAAGAUUUUGACGACGACGGAGAAAGUGCUUGGUCCUUAUGUGUGAUCGGAUUUCUUAUAAAGGUAAUAUAAUACCACCAAUAGGAGGCACUAGAUAGUGCUGACCUAGCGAGUUGGGGUUUACCCCACAGCGCUAUCUGCAUUAAGAUGUAUCGUCAUUGCUGCAGGCGCGGGGGAAGUUACAAAGCUAUACCUACUCCGAUCGUUCUCCGGGUUGCCGCGGGUCAAAUACAACCGAAUCUAUUUACUAUCUUUUUUUUCCCUUUCU